AUGCGUACGGCAACAGGUGCAAACUGGGAAAAGUACAAGAAGAACUUUGAUGACGAGGAGGCAGAAGAGAAGAAGAUCACGCCUCUCACCGAUGAGGAUAUUCAGGUUCUCAAGACAUACGGUGCGGCUCCCUAUGGAGCUGCCAUCAAGAAGCUUGAGCAACAAAUAAAGGAGAAGCAAGCUAGUGUAGAUGAGAAGAUUGGAGUUAAGGAAUCAGAUACCGGUCUCGCGCCGCCCCAUCUCUGGGACGUGGCAGCCGAUCGCCAGCGAAUGUCGGAGGAACAACCGCUUCAGGUAGCGCGGUGUACCAAGAUUAUCGCCGACGAGAAGGGUGACGAGUCGAAGAGCAAAUACGUUAUCAACGUUAAGCAAAUCGCCAAGUUUGUCGUUCAACUCGGCGAGCGGGUGAGCCCUACCGAUAUCGAGGAGGGAAUGCGCGUGGGUGUCGACCGGAACAAGUACCAGAUUAUGCUUCCCUUGCCGCCCAAGAUCGACUCGAGUGUGACUAUGAUGACGGUCGAGGAGAAGCCCGAUGUUACAUACGGAGAUGUUGGUGGAUGCAAAGAGCAGGUCGAGAAGCUUCGUGAGGUCGUCGAGAUGCCUCUACUCUCCCCUGAGCGUUUCGUCAGCCUCGGCAUCGACCCACCCAAGGGCGCUCUCCUCUACGGCCCUCCCGGUACCGGAAAGACGCUAUGUGCCCGAGCUGUUGCCAACAGGACGGACGCCACCUUCAUCCGAGUCAUCGGUAGCGAGCUAGUCCAGAAGUAUGUCGGUGAGGGAGCCCGUAUGGUUCGUGAGCUAUUCGAGAUGGCCAGGACGAAGAAGGCCUGCAUCAUCUUCUUCGACGAAAUCGACGCCGUCGGCGGUGCCCGAUUCGACGAUGGUGCUGGAGGCGAUAACGAGGUGCAGAGGACCAUGUUGGAGCUCAUUACCCAACUUGACGGAUUCGACGCCCGAGGAAACAUCAAGGUCAUGUUCGCCACUAACCGCCCCUCGACCCUCGAUCCUGCCCUCAUGAGGCCCGGUCGUAUCGAUCGUAAGAUUGAAUUCUCCCUUCCCGACCUUGAAGGCCGAGCCAACAUUCUCCGCAUCCACGCCAAGAGUAUGUCCGUCGAGCGCGAUAUCCGCUGGGAGCUCAUCUCGCGUCUGUGCCCCAACGCGACCGGCGCCGAGUUGAGGAGUGUGUGCACGGAGGCUGGUAUGUUUGCCAUCCGUGCCAGGAGAAAGGUGGCUACGGAGAAGGACUUCCUCAGCGCCGUCGAGAAGGUCAUCAAGGGUAAUCUCAAGUUCAACUCGACGGCGUCGUACAUGCAGUACAACUAA